AUGUCAAAAGAAGAAAUAAGCCGUAAAAAACGAGUUAAAGGUGGACAUAGAACUUCAGUGAAGCGCCUUAUAUCCAUGGCGGACGAAUAUCCCAAAAUACCAGUAUCAACCCUUCAAGAAAAAGAAGUUAUCCUCCGUGACAUUAAUAAUGAUCUGCUUGCCCUCGUCAACGAAGAUGAAAUAGAGGACGAAAUUGGACAAGCAGAUGAGUAUUCAGAAUUAAUUCGCACAUCCAUUGCCAAUAUUAAAAUGUCCAUAGCUAAAUUAACUAUUUCAACCCAAAAUACUCAACAAACACAACACAAUCAUCAUGAUACAAGCCAGGUUCACACCACAUAUGAUAAUCAUUCCAAUUCAAGGAGCAAUUCACCUGCUGCUGAAACUAAUAGGCCCAGAUCCAGAACUACAUCACACCUUAAACUACCUAAACUCACCAUGAAGGAAUUUGAUGGUAAAUUAGAUCAAUGGACCAUUUUGGUAGAAACUGUGAAGCCAAGACUUGCUAUAGGUGUAGUGGUAGACAUCACAUAUAACACACAGUCAUGGAAUGGUAAUCAACAGUAUCCUUAUUCCAAUCAACAUAUUCAACAAGCCCAUAAUCGAUUAAACCAAGAAUCUCAGAACAAUAAUCAAUUAAGUGGAGACAACCAAAAUUAUCAAUCGGCUCAAAAUAAACUAUCUCAAGAUCCAUCAAAAAAUGGUGCAACUGUGCUAUUUUUCAUUCAUAAUAAUCACUUCUAUGACACAAUACUAAUCAAGAAAGCAAUUAGAUGCUCAGUAGGAAGACUUUGUUGUUUAGAACAGUUGUCUACAAAUCCUACGCAUAUCAUCAGCCGCAUUGAGUCUAUUUCUAUCUUUAGUUUUGAUGACUAA